CCUCCACCUGCCGGAGCGCUGUCCGCGGUGCUGACCACCGCGCGACCCUCCACCUGCCGGAGCGCUGUCCGCGGGGGCUGACCACCGCGCGACCCUCCACCUGCCGCGGAGACGAGGCGCAUUUGACGCAAAGCCCAAGCCCGCCAGAUGCACGCGGAGACGGGCACGAACAACCUGUUAGCUGCUCCGGGCUGCGGCGUUCCGCAGCGCGCACAGCGGCGUCGCCUCCUUUUCCUUCAUCGCGUCUGACUUUAGUGCAACUUGUGAAUAGAAACCGAGACGCGCAGCGGGAGCUGAGGGUGAAGAUGGCGCGGGGGGCGGUGGUGACCCCGUGUUUCCAGUGAAACGCACGAGGGUCGAGGGAGGGGAAGAAGAGCGUGCAGAAGAGCCGGACGGCUGCAGGAGGACGGAGGAGGUUAUGGCCGCGUUCCUUCAGCUGGACCUCGGGCUGCUGCUGCAGCUGCUGACCUGCUGGCAAACACCAGGGAUGGUCCGAGCCACUGUGCCAGCAGCCCCGGUGAACGUGUCGGUGACUCAGCUGAGGGCGCACUCGGCCACGGUGACCUGGAACGUCCCUCAGGGGGACACCGUGAUCGGGUACUCGAUCUCACAGCAGAGGCAGGACGGCCUGAUGCAGCGCUCUAUCAGGGAGGUGAACACGUCCAGCCACUGGUGUGUGCUGUGGGACCUGGACGAGGACACGCACUACAGCGUCCAGGUCCAGUCUGUGGGGCCGCAUGGUGACAGCCCGCCGAGCCGCGGCGUCCACUUCAGGACUCUGGAGAGGAGUGAUCACUAUCCAGCCGGAGUCCUGGACCACCAUGAGCCGGCGAUGGAAGGUCUGGACAUGACUCCUCACCUUCAGACCGGAGAGCUUCUCAUCAUCACCACCGUGCUGCUGCUGUGGGCAGCCGUCAUCGCCCUCUUCUGUCGACAGUAUGACAUCAUCAAAGACAACGACUCCAGCAGCUGCAAGGAGAAAGCCAAGAGGCCGCUGGUCCGAGCCCCCCCACCCUACUACGCCGCCUCGGCCGCCAGCUCGCCGCUCUACCACAACGGAGAUGUGCGCAGCAGCGGGCUGCACAGAGCCUCCUCCUCCGUCAGCAUCAUUAGAGUCUGAGCUUGGCAGCAUCUCGCUGUGCGGGACGGACGGAGUCGGUGACAAUUUCCACCCGAGGAACUUCAGUGGGAUUAUCGCCACGGAUGGAGCAUCUGUAGACUCGGCCGAGAGUCGAGAUUAUUAUAGAAUUGUGUGGGAAGCGUGAAGCGUCCAUGCAAAAUGAAACUGUGGAGUAAAUGGAUGACUUCUGCCCUCUAGUGGCAGAAGAGGUUCUCCAGGGGAAAUUUGAGAAGAUGCAAAAUAUUUGAUUCAUAUUUAUUCAUAUAUUGUUUCUUUUCUCGGAUUUCGAAGACUGUGAAUAUUUGCGUGUCGUCAUCAAAUUAAUGGAAAAGUCAGGUACAAGACCUCGUUUUUUUGCAAGUGUGUGUCUUUUUGUGUUUGUGUGUUACAUUCCAAUUUCCAAAUCAACUUAACUGUGUUUUUCAUUUCCUAAUCAGGUAGAUGUACAGCACUAACAUUAAAAGUGUAUUAUUUGUAAAUAGAAUAUGUACAUUGUUCAAAUUUAAAUUCUUGUGCAGUAAUGUGUGAUGGCAACUAAUAUUUCACAUACAUUUACACUUAAUUGUCUCAAUGCAGAUUUUACAAUUAAAUCAAUCUGUAAUUUUCACAUUCUAUGAUGACUAGAUUACGGAAAUGUAGAAGAGUUGACAUAUUCCAGAAUGUAGAAUCAAAAUUCUUGAUAUACAUUUAUUCUCAGUAUAUACAGAUAUUUAAUUGGUUUCACUUUUUUGUGGUGCAACUGUUGAAUGAAGUAAAAUCACUGACAGCUCUUUCUUGAAUGUACCACAACGAAACCAGUGGAUUAGAAAUUGCAUAGAGAGCUACAAUAUAUGAUCUCCAAUUAGAUUAUUUUUAUUUCAAUUUUUUUGCUCCAGAAUACAUAACAGAGAGGUUAUCUUUGUGAAUGUAGCGUCUUAUUUUCAUUUGUGACUCUAUAUUGUCCAGUUUCAAUUAAAGUUAAAAGAAAUGA